AUUUGGAUAUAGCUAGCUAGUUAGCUUGCUAAUUAGUUAUCUACAGCUAGUGAUAUAUUCCUAAAGCAUCUGUGAGAUUUACCACAAGGAGGUUUGCAUGUGUGAUCUGAUGGAUCAUUUAUGAAGAAUUUGGCAUGUGUGCUAUUUAGACAAUUAGAAAAUUCACACACAAAGUAAGGGUGCAGUUUUGUUGUGCAUAUAGAACUUGUAUUUUGUUGUGUUUUAGUUAUAAUAUUUCUAUAAGACUUUUCAGCAUAUUACACACUACAGCUGGUUGUACAGCUUUAUUUUAUAUAGAAAUACUUAAUUGCACAUAUAUAUUGAGCACAUGUUGUUUGGGUAAGGAUUUUCUUGUCCUGCUCAUUUAUUUUUAACCUAAAACACUGGGCCCUAAUGUCUAAAGGUGUUUAUCAUAAGAAACUUUAUGAAUUUCUUCUGCAGUUUUGUUGUUAAAAGAUCACUUCCUUAUGUACACCGAUUAGCCAUAACAUUAAAACCACUGAUUGGUGACGUGAAUAACAUUGAUUAUCUUGUUACAAUGGCCCCUGUCAAGGGGUGGGAUAUAUUAGGCAAGAAGUGAACAGUCAGUUCUCGAAGUUGAUGAGUUGGAAGCAGGAAAAAUGGGCAAGCAUAAAGAUCUGAGCAGUUUUGCCAAGGGCCAAACUGUGAUGGCAAGACGACUUGGUCACACUGCAAGAAUGGUUCAGGAAUAGUUUGAGGAAUAUGACAAAGAGUUCAAGGUGUUGACUUGGCCUCCAAAUUCCCCAGUUAUCAAUCCGAUCGAGCAUCUGUGAGAUGUACUGGACAAACAAGUCCGAUCUAUGGAGGCCCCACCUCGCAACUUACAGGACUUAAAGGAUCUGCUGUUAAUGUCUUGGUGCCAGAUACCACAGCACACCUUCAGAGGUCUUGUAGAGUCCAUGUCUCGAUGGGUCCGAGCUGUUUUGGCUGCACAAGGUGGUUUUAAUGUUAUGGCUGAUUGGUUUAUAUCCCAAGUUAGGACCUGGUGUUUGUGAUUUGCUCUUGUCUCUAGGGCAUGCCAUGAGUUUUCUAAUGAUGAAUGCUGUUUCUGAAUUUAAGCCGUUGUUGUGAGUCUGUAGCUGGAGCUCAAGUACUAAUAGUUGCAACUGUUGAGCUCAAACUGAUGAUAGAACCCAGAAUAUUGUGAAAGGAGAGGCAAAGUGGGAUCUGUUCAGUACCUCUGAGCAGGGGCAGGUGGUAGAAAUCUGCUAGCAGGGAUAUGGUUUAGUUUUUGGCACCCACAUCAGAUUAUUUGCUGAUAACAUAUGUCUUAAAUAUUUCAUUUGAGCUGAUAUGUUUCAGCUCACCUCAAAGAUGCAUCCGAUGUCAUUAGCAGUGAUUCAGAAGGCACAGUCGUGCGUGUAAUGAAUGCGAAUGAGGUGGAUUGUUUAUUCAUUUACUUAUUUAAUCAACCUUUUUUCUCUCCCGCAAAUGCGUGUAGAGGAAAAACUAAAAGUAGACAAAGCACACAUUGUCCCAUCAAAGUACAAAACACACAAAAGGACAGAUGGCAAAACUGUAAAUUUAGUGUUUUUUGGGGGUUACUACUUUUCUGUUUCCCAUGUUUGGUUUUCAGAGAAAAUUUGAAAUCAGAAAAGUAUCUGCCUGUCUGCUUUUAAGUGUGUGUGUGUAAGUAAUAGUUUGCGCCACAUCAUAAUUAUUAUGCUAAUGGAUGAUACCUUGUGCUAUAAUGCAUUGCUCAACCAUAAUUGUUUAAUUGUUGAGCUAUUCAUAGAUAUUAUAUUUUGACCAGCAUUCACUGCCUAGGUAAUGAAAAUGAACAUAAUUUAAGGACAAUUCCAGCGGAAUAAUGUGUUCGGGUAUCCCUGGACAUCCGUUUGGCAUGUUCUUGGUUGACUUACAAAUUAACUUACAUCUAAGAAUGGAUGGAAUUAUUCGGUAUAGCUAAUGCAUUUUCUUAAUAUAACAUAUAACAGCUUAUAUACUCACCGUCCACUUUAAUAGGAACACAUGUACUCCUGUUCAUUGAUGCAGCUAUCUAAUCCUGGAAAAAGGCUAGGUGAUCUCCAAGUAUCCAGUUUGGGUGAGUAUGUGCCCAUGAUAGCCUUAGAUUCCUAUUCUUGGUUGACAGGAGUGGAACUCGGUGUAGUCUUGUGCUGUUGUAGCCCGCCCACCUCAUGGUUUGAUGUUUUGUGCAUGCUGAGAUGUUUUUCUGCUCACCAUGGUUGUAAAGAGUGAUUAUAUGAGUUGCAGUAACCUUCCUGCCAGCUCAAACCAAUCUGGCCAUUUUCCUCUGACCUCUCUGUUCAGCAAGGCUUUUCCACCCACAGAACUGUCAAUCACUGUGUUUUUGUUUUUUUUUGGGGGGGGGGGGGUUGUAUUUUUUUUGCACCGUUCUGUGCAAACUCUUGAGACUGAUGUGUGUGAAAAUCCCAGGAGAUCAGCAGUAUCUGAAAUACUCAAACCAGCCCAUCUGGCACCAACCACCAUGCCAUGGUUAAAGUCACAGAGAUCAAAUUUUUUUCCCCAUUCUGAUGAUCGAUGUGAACAUUAACUAAAGCUCUUGACCUGUAUCUGCAUGACUUUAUGCAUUGUGCUGCUGCCACAUGAUUGGCUGAUUAGAUAACUGCACAAAUGGGCAGGUGUACAUGAGUGUACACCUAUAGGUGAGUGUAUAUCUAUUUAUUUUUUUUUCUUUUAGUUGACUACAAGUACUUAAGGUAUGGUUGGUCUUUAUUUAUUUAUUUAUUUAUUUAUUUAUUUAUUUAAAAUUUCUUUUAAGAUUAGGUCUCAAGAUUAGGUCUCUGACACUUGAGUCUGACCCAUCUUCAGGAAGCUCUGCCCCCAGGAUCUUGGGUGGCCCAUAUUCUGUAGUGUCUAUAAAAUGACUGACAGAAGGGGCAUCCAAACACAAACAAGCAAUCCAAACAACAGGUUUUGUCAAGGACUUAAUAAUUAAAAAAAAAAUUAAAACAAAUUUUUGAAACUAUUAAAGAAUUGUGAAAAAUUGACUAUUACACCUUUAAGUUUAUCAUACAGUGAAGGAAAGCGAUUGGGGAAAAAUCUGACCAGGUGUUUGCUCCUCUACUGAUUAGGAACAUAUAUGCCCAAGAGCUCAUAUGUUCGAACAUAUUUCAUGUUUUAUCAAUGCUUUGUCACAGCUAAAGCCAACCCUCCUGCUGUGCAGAAUGGAUCCAACUGCCUCUGGAAUCUUCUGCAGCAGGAUGUUGAGCAUGGUCAACUCCGAGGACGUAAAUGCAAUCAUCCAGGCCCAGAGACACAUGCUGGACCGCUUCGAAAAGACCAACGAGAUGCUCAUUAAUUUUAAUGGCCUGUCCAAUGUGCGGUUGCAGCAGAUGAACGACCGCUUUCUUCUCCACACUCGCACUUUAAUUGAAAUGAAGAAGGACUUGGAUAGCGUUUUUCGCCGAAUAAGGACAUUAAAAGGCAAGAUUGCUAAGCAGUAUCCAAAUGCCUUUAGCAAUAUUCGGGAGGCUUCCAGUCUGGAGGAUGAUGACGAUGACUUUGACCCUGUCGGCCCCAGUGUAGCCACCACCACUGCCACGUCUGAACAGAGCACUGAAUCUUGUGACACGAGCCCUGACAUUAUCUCGCCAACCAUCAGCCGCUGUUCUGAGGAGCUUUCUCAGGAGAAUCCAGACACUCCAACCUCUAACAGCCCUGAGAGGGCAGUGCUGCUGGAUGAAGGCCCAGAUUCAGUCAUUAUCUAGAGAAUCUACAGAAUUUUUUGGACAUGUUGCUAAAAAUUUGGAAUAGCUUUGUGCUGUGCAUUUAUUAGCCAAAAUUUUCUGAUAUAACAGAUCAUUUCACACUGUCUACUAACAGGACGUGAAGGCUGCUGCUCUUGUGAUAUAAUGUUUGAAAUGUUUUGCCAUGUUACUUGUGGAAUUCAUUAAUUCUUCAUCAGGUCUUCUCAAGUCUAGUCAUGUUAACAUACUACUCCUAGACAUUAUCCAGAGCUAACAUAUGCUGUAUUUUUGUGUUUGCCAAAUGUGUUUUUAGUCAAAGCGUUCGGGUUUUUGAAGUAAAUUAAAGCUUUGUAAUUUUUUUUAGAAGAAAUUAGUAUUACAUAUACUAUACAUAUACUGUGAAAAAGUAUUUGUCCUGAUUUCGUCUGUUUUUGUGUACAUCUCAUACUAAAUAGUUUUAGAUCUUCAAACGAAAUACAACAUAAAACAAAGGCAACCUGAGUAAACACACAAUACAGUUCUUUUUUUAAAUUUAUUUUUAUUGAAGCUAAAAAAGUUAUCCAGCACCUAUCACCAAUGAAAAAUAGCUUUGUAACCCUUCCCAGACUGAUGUAUUUCAAUCACCUUCUUCCUCAUCAUUUGUGGAAUUUCUUUCAAAUUUGGCAUAGUGUGUUACUGGGUAAGACCUUUUAACCAACUUCAUGCUGUUGAAAAAGUUCUAUUUAAGUGUUGAUUUGAUUGAACAGGGUUUGCAGUAAUUAGGCCUGGUUGUGUCUAGUCCAGAAUUAGUAACUAUGGGGGCAAAUACAUUUUCACACAGGCCCAGUUGGUAUUGGAUAAAUUUUGCUUCAGUAAAUAACAUUAUCAUUUAAAAACUGUAUUUUGUGUUUAUUCAGGUUGCCUUUGUUUCAUAUUUUAUUUUCUGAAACAAUUUAGUAUGAGAUAUACAGAAGAAAUCAGGAUGGGCCAAAUACUUUUUCACAGCACUGUAUGGUAUGUUUUUUAUUAUUUCAAACUAACAGUUUCAUGUCAGAUUAAAGUAAUAUGCCUUGCCCUAUAAUGCUCCACAUUCUUUUAAUCUCUAGCUCAUGCUGGUUUGAUGCACAUGUGUUUUAAGUAUUGCUUCUUUAACUGAUGUAGAAUGUAUCCAUUUUUUUUAGCGUCUGUAAAAACUGGCCAGUUUGCAUCGUCUUGGUGAUAUUCAAGCUGGGCCAUUUAAAAUAAAUAUGACUAUGUGGAAAGACA